AUGAUCAAGACUAUUAAAUCACAUCUACAAAGAAUACUCCGGUCAAAAAUGAGUCAAAUCAACGUAGAUGACUAUGUCACCGUCAAGGAGGGGAAGGCAACCAUUUUGUCUCUCAAGGAAAAUAAAGUGUUUUAUAAUCCAAUUCAACAAUUCAAUAGAGACUUGUCAGUAACUGCAAUUCGUGCUUGGUCUGAAUUAUACUUACAAUCUAAGGAAGGUAAGCGUGAAACCAGAAAGAGAACGAUCUCCGAGGCUGAAAAGGAAUCCACUGAAGGCGAGGAGAAAUCUGCAUCUACCACCACACCAUUUAUCACAAUUCUUGAAGCCUUGUCAGCUACUGGACUUCGUGCUAUUAGAUAUGGACAUGAGAUCCCACUUCUUAAACAAGUUGUAGCCAAUGAUCUUCUCCCAGAAGCAGUCAAGUCCAUCGAUAGAAACAUCGAAUAUAAUAACUUGAAAGAUAAGGUGAGUUCUAACCUUGGUGAUGCCAUUCAUUAUAUGUCUGGGGGACAAAAUAAGUUCCAUGUAGUUGAUUUGGAUCCUUAUGGAACUGCCACUCCAUUUAUUGAUGGUGCACUUCAAUCCAUAAAUGAAGAAGGAUUACUUUUGGUCACUUGUACCGAUGCUGGGGUGCUUGCCGGUUCGGGUUAUCCAGAAAAAUGUUUUGCUCUUUAUGGAGGUAAUAACUUUGGUAAUACAUACAUUGGAGGAGAAGCUAACCAUGAAGCUGGAUUAAGAUUGAUUCUUCAUAUGAUUGCCACCAAUGCAGCCAAGUAUAAAAAGACUAUUGAACCAUUGCUAUCAUUAUCGAUUGAUUUCUACAUGAGAGUAUUUAUUAGAGUCAAGACUAGUCCAAUGUCUGUUAAACAUUUGGCAUCAUCCACCAUGAUUACAUACCAUUGUGUUGGAUGUGGUAAUAAACUGAAUCAAUUCUUGGGUAGAGUGGAAACCAAGAAAAAUGGAACCAAAAAAUUCCAAACUGCUCUGGGUCCACCAGUUGGCGUUAGAUGUGAAUAUUGUACAUCACUGCAUCAUUUAGCUGGACCUAUGUGGGGUGGUCCAUUACAUAACCAUGAGUUUAUUGACACUGUGAUGAAGAUCAAUGAUUCACAUGAUACUUCUGUUUAUGGAACCACAGAAAGAAUUAGAGGAAUGGUUACAGUUGCUAAAAAUGAAUUAUUGGAACCAUUUUAUUUCAAUUUGAAUCAACUUUCAAGUUAUUUCAAAUCACCACCUAUCCCAAUUAAUGAUCUUUGUAAAGCUAUUGGUAAUUUGGGUUAUGAUGUAUCCUUGACUCAUGCUCAAAAGAACUGUAUCAAGACAACCGCACCAUGGAAUGUUGUACUUCAAAUCAAUAGACAAUGGCUUAUCAAAUGUAAUAAGGAAGCCUUGGAGAAAACAAAGGAAAUGUUGGAAACUCAACAAGAUGAAGAUAAAAAGGCUAAAUUGGUUAAAAAGAUAGAAUCAUUGGAAAAUGAUAUUUCUAUGAGUCCAAACUUAACUGAAGGAAUGGUUGGUUACAAGAUUUUAAGUAGGGCAAAGGAGACAUUACCAGAAUUAGAAGUUAAUUUUGAUGAUAGAUGUGAAGUUAGUGAUAAAAUCAACAAGUUCAGAAAGUUGAAGAUUGUGAGAUAUCAAGAAAAUCCUACAAAGAAUUGGGGACCAAAAUCAAGACCUUCAAGUUAA